CACAAAUUGACUCGCUAACAAGCCACGGCUAACGAGUAACAUGUACGCAACGACAGUGUGACUGAAAGAGCCACCAGGAGAAUUGGGGCAAUGGAGUGUAGAAACAUCAAGGACCAAUGUCCGUUGGUCCAGGCUAUUUUCGGCCGAAAUGCUGAAGAAGUGACGUUUUUGUUGAGCCAUGGAGAAGAUGUCACUUCAUUGGACCAUGAACAAAGCACACCUCUUCAUGCUGCUGCUUAUUUGGGUGACAUUGACAUUAUGGAACUUCUUAUCACUGCAGGUGCCAAUGUUAAUGCUAAGGACCAGGGUUUGCUGACACCUUUACAUCGCGCAGCUGCAUCCAGGAAUGAAAAGGCUGUGGAGCUGCUCCUAAAGCACAGUGCAGAGAUCAACACACGGGACAAAUUCUGGCAUACACCGUUACACAUGGCGGCGGCAAACUGGGCUAUAGGCUGUGCUGAAUCGCUGAUACCUGAUGUGUGCAGCCUGGAUGUUUAUGACCGAUCAGGAAGAACACCCUUGCAUCACGCAGCACACUGUGGACACGGGGAGAUGGUGAAAUUGCUUCUCAGCAAAGGUGCCAGCGUGAGCACCAAAGACAAAAAGGAAAGGCAGCCGAUACACUGGGCUGCAUAUCUUGGACAUUUGGAUGUUGUGAAGAUGCUGGUGUCUCACAGUGCGGAUGUAACAUGCAAAGACAAACGUGGCUACACUCCUCUCCAUGCUGCAGCCAUCAGUGGACAUUUAGAUGUGGUCAAAUAUCUGUUGAAACUGGGAGUGGAGACUGAUGAAGCCAACACGUAUGGCAACACAGCUCUCCACAUGGCCUGCCACACAGGCCAAGACAGUGUGGCCACUGAGCUGGUCAACUGCGGUGCCAACAUCAACCAGCCCAACCACCAAAAUAGCACUCCGCUGCAUAUGGCUGCUGCCUCCUCCACCGGCGUGCUGUGUGUCGAGCUGCUCAUUAACAAUGGUGCUGAUGUCAACAUGCAGAAUAAAAAUGGGAAGAUCCCUUUGCAUAUGGCUGCUAUGCAUGGCCGCUUCACAGGCUCCCAGAUUCUUAUACAAAAUGGAAGUGAAAUCGACUGUGUUGACAUAUGUGGGAACACUCCUCUUCAUGUUGCCGCCCGAUAUGGUCAGGAGUUGUUGAUCAGCACUCUGCUUACUAAUGGUGCUGACAAAGCCAGACAGGGGAUUCACGGGAUGCUUCCGCUACACUUGGCUGCACUGUACGGCUUUCCAGACUGCUGUCGCAAAUUGCUCUCGAAUGGCCAGUAUUACAACAUCAUGCAGUCUCCGACAAGCUCCCAGAUGCUGUCUUUUGGGUUUGAUAUAAACACACAGGAUGACUUUGGUAGGACCUGUCUACACGCUGUUGCCUCUGGAGGAAAUGUUGACUGUCUCAACCUGCUGAUAAGUAGUGGCGCUGAACUGGAUAUAAAGGAUCAUUUGGGAAGGUCUCCUUUGCACUACGCUGCAGCCAGCGGAAACAGCCAGUGCACAAUCACACUGGUGAGAGGCGGCUCCAAGGUCAACGAGUUAGACCUAAUGGGCUGCAGUCCUCUCCACUAUGCUGCAGCUUCACACACUUUUGUUGGAGGGGAGCCGAGCGCUGAUUGCAAUGUGGAAAAGGAACAAGAAGCCUCUCUGUGUUUGGACUAUUUGCUGGACAGUGGUGGAAACCCGACUGUAAAGAAUACUAAAGGUUAUAGUGCCGUCCACUAUGCAGCAGCUUACGGUAACAAGCAGCAUCUGGAACUGCUCCUGGAGAUUUCUUUCAACUGUUUAGAAGAGGCUGAAAGUAAUGUUCCACUUAGUCCUUUGCACUUAGCUGCAUAUUACGGUCAUUGCGAGGCUCUGCGCCUGCUGUGUGAGACAUUAGUGAGUUUGGACGUACGAGACACUGAAGGUCAAACUGCCCUCCACCUCGCUGCUCAGAGAGGCUUUUCCUCAUGUGUGGAGGUACUGCUUGAUCAUCAAGUUUCCUGCAUACUGAAGGAGCACAAACAAAAGAGAACAGCUCUCCAUGCUGCAGCUUCUGAGGGCCACAUGGAUUGUCUGCUUUUGCUGGUCAAUAGAGAACAGAGUGCUGACAUAAUCGACAGCCCAGACACACUGGGACAGACAGCUCUCAUGCUGGCAGCUUUGGGUUGUCACACUGAUUGUGUGCACAUCCUGUUGGAAAAAGGAGCAAAACCGGAUGCUGGGGACAAAAAGGGCUUCACUGCAUUACAUCGAGCUGCUAUGUUGGGCAGUGAUGACUGUACAUCAGCUUUGUUGGAGCAUGGUGCCUCUGCUCUGUGUAGGGACUCUCAGGGAAGGACGCCGCUGCAUUUUGCUGCAUCCCGUGGCCACACACAGCUACUGCACACUCUGCUACAAGCUGCAGUGAAAGCAGAUCCUCUGGACUUCAUGUUGGAUUACAGAGGCUACACGCCCACCCACUGGGCUGGCUACCAUGGUCAUGAAGGAUGUUUACGCAUUUUACUGGAAAACAAACUUUUGAGCAACCAGGAAGGAAAUUCAUUCAACCCACUGCACUGUGCACUAAUUAAAGGACACGAUGAUGUUGCUGGACUUCUAGUAAAGACAGUUGGCCCUCAAAUAGUUAAAAUUAGUGAUGUCAAAGGAAGGACCCCGCUGCAUGCAGCUGCCUACUCGGGAAAUGUUGCAGGGCUUCAACUGGUACUGGCCCAGGGAGCAGAGGUUAACGCUGUGGACCAGAGUGGCUGCUCUGCUCUGAUGAUUGCUGCUGACUGUGGACAUACCAUGGCUGUCGAAUUUUUGCUGCACAAGGUGAAGCCAGACCUGACCCUCGCGGAUGUCAAUAAUAACACUGCCCUUCACUUAGCCUGCACUAAGGGACAAGAGAUGUGCGCCCUGUUGCUUCUUGGAGAAAUCAAUGAUCCUUCCCUCAUAAAUGCAGCAAAUAAUGCACUUCAAAUGCCCCUUCACAUCGCAGCGAGGAAAGGUCUGACAACUGUUGUGCAGGUUUUACUUAGCAUAGGUGCAGCAGUCAUGGCUGUGGAUGGUGAAGGCCACACUCCAGCGCUGGCCUGUGCCCCCAACAAGAAAGUGGCAGACUGCUUAGCCUUGAUCCUUUCCACCAUGAAGCCUUUUCCUCUGCGGGAGUCCAACAACACCAUGGCAUCCUGCUUCAACCCAACUCUGAAGAACUGUGGCAUCGCUGCUACCUGCGGGUCCAAUGGAAGCCUCUGCCACGUCUACGUCAAGGGCCGGUCAGGCACCAUCGGCCUGCACGGGUGUAUUACUGAGUGAAAGGGUAUACCAUUUCUUAUUCAUUCACAUCAUCCAGCCUAUGCUUCGUCAACCUUAUUAACCGCUUUUAUAAAGUCUUAGGCAUUACUAAUAUUAGACCUCUCAGUACCUUUUGCUUUAGUUGAAUGAAGUUACCAGUGAAUAGAAGUAUAAAGACACCACACAGACCCGUCCCCUUGAACCAUGUUGGCAAAUAUGUUUUGUAGCUCUUCAUGUAACCUGCAACCACUUUAGUCUAUCCUCAGCUGCUAUAAGCCAAAACGCUUGAAACAUUGUUAUGUGGUAUGUGUGCAUGUGUGUGUCUGCAGGAGCAUAUAGUGUUUCUUAAUCUACUUUUUAAUGUUUAAUCCAUUAUGCAAUUAAGAUUCCCUUUCGAGGGUGUAACAGACACUAAACUGCUGAAAAUAUGCUUAUUGGUGUCAUAUCAGGAUCCUCAUGGCUGUAUUUCAGCAUUUUUUUUUUCUAAAUGAAGAAAUGACCUCACGUGUGUGUAUGCUGUGGUGCAACCAAAAGCACAUUGUGAGCAUGGCAUAAGAAAAGAUGACUUUGUCUAGCUAUAGUAUUACAGUCAAGAAGCCAGAGAAUAGAACAAAGGAAGUCACAUCGAAAAACCUAUUUAUGUUUAAAUGUCAGAGUGAACUGUUUUUAUGCACAAGGGCCUGGGAUGCCUAUUUCAAUUUAUGCAACAUUUUCAAAUCAAGUUGCCAUAUUUACUUUGUAAUAUAAAACCGCUUUUCCAAAGCCGCUUUUCCAAAGCCACAAAUAAUAUUAAAUAUGAUGUGAAACUAGGAAAUGACUGCUAUACAGUGGUGUGAAAAAGUUCCCUUCCUGAUUUCUUAUGUUUUUGCAUGUUUGUCACACUUAAAUGUUUCAGAUCAUCAAACAAAUUUAAUUACUAGUCAAUGGCAACACAACUGAACACAAAAUGCAGUUUUUAAAUUAAAAUGUUUAUUCCAAAGGGAGAAAAAAAUCCAAACCUACAUGGCCCUGUGUGGAAAAAGUGUUGGCCCCCCUGUUAAAAUAUAACUGAGAUUAAUGGAGAUUUAUCCGUAUGUAAAAGGUUGUAAAGUCAUUUCUAAAGCUUUGGGACUCCAGCGAACCACAGUGAGAGCCAUUAUGCACAACUGGCAUUAACAUGGAACAGUGGUGAACUUUCCCAGUAGUAGCUGGCCAACCAAAAUGACCCCAAGAGCGCAGCGACGACUCAUCCAAGAAGUCACAAAAGACCCCACAACAACCUCCAGAGAACUGCAGGCCUCACUUGCCUCAGUUAAGGUCAGAGUUUAUGACUCCACCAUAAGAAAGACACUGGGCAAAAACAGCCUGCAAGGCAAAAACCACUGCUGAACAAAAAGAACUUCAAGGCUCGUCUCAAUUUUGCCUGAAAACUUGAUGAUCUCCAAGACCUUUGGGAAAAUACUCCGCGGCCUGAUGGGACAAAAGUUGAACUUUUUGGAAGGUGUGUGUCCCAUUACAUGUGGUGUAAAAGUACCGCUUCAUUUCAGAAAAAGAACAUCAUACCAACUGUAAAAUGUGGUGAUGGUAGUGUGAUGGUCUGGGGCUGUUUUGUUGCUUCAGGUCCUGGAAGGCCUUGCUGUGAUAAACAGAACCAUGAAUUCUGCUGAAGGCUAAUGUCCAGCCAUUUGUUCGUGACCUCAAGUCCACCUCUGAAUGGUUGAAGAACAAAUGAAGACUUUGGAGUGGCCUAGUCAAACUCCUGACCUGAAUCCUAUUGAUAUGCUGUGGUAUGACUUUAAAAAGUCGGUUCAUCCUCGAAAACAAUGUGGCUGAAUUACAACAAUCUGUAAAGAAGAGUCGGCCAAAAUUCCUCCACAGCGCUGUAAAAGACUCAUUGCAAGUUAUUACAAACGCUUGAUUGCAGGUGUUGCUGCUAAGGGUGGCCCAAACAGUUAUUAGGUUUAGGGGGCAAUCACUUUUUCACACAGGGCCAUGUAGGUUUGGAUUCUUUUCUCCCUUAAUAAUAAAAGGUUUCAUUUAAAAACUGCUUUUUGUGUUCAGUUGUGUUGUCAUUGACUAGUAUUUAAAUUUGUUUGCUCUGAAACAUUUACCGUAAGUGUGAAAAACAAAAAAAAAAAAAACGAAAUCCGGAAGGGGGCAAACACUUUUUCACACCACUGUAUCAGUUUGGUGAUGAUUAUGGUCUGUUACGGCUCCAAGUAUGCAUUUUUUUUAAAAACAUACUGUAUUUGUGGUGAAUUUAAGAAAAGUUCAUUUAAAAAGCUAUAUUUCCCUUCUUUCAAAGUGACUGUAAACUAUGACUUUACUGACAUUCAUUUAAAAAAAAUAAUAUAUCUAAAUCUUUAUCUUCCAGAUAAAUGAGCACAGUGUACCUAAACAAGCAUUUUAUAUGAACUGAGUUGUGUAUUAAAUGUUUUCUUUUAUGGUUUGAAAUUUGUAAGCCAACCCAUCCCGUGACCUUGGCAUUUUUCAACAAUAUCUUCAAAUGGCUUUAACGUAUUUGCACUCUUGUCAGGGUUGUGUACAUUUUACAGCAUCCUGCAACUAUUCAAUUGUAAAAAAAAAUACCUUUUUAAAUUUGGCUUAUAUAUUAUUGAAAUCUUCCCAUUUUGAGCAACUUUCAACUUGUUUUAUUUGCGCAAAAAACUGAAUACAGGUAUGUAAAAAAUGAUAUAUAAAUAUAUAUCAUGAAGUGUGAUAGCUGUAAUGUGAACAAAUGUGUCUUCCAUACAGCCUAUUGACAUUUCAGGGUGUACCAACUUGAAUACUGUGGGGAAUUAACUUGACAAAAAAUAAAAACACUAC